AUGGACGAGAAAUCGCCCAUCGGUUUGAGCAAGCCAUUUCCAGCACCUCUGCCAGCCUCAGAAAACUAUGCGGUAGACUUCAAUGGCCUUGAUGAUCCCGAUCAUCCACAGAACUGGAAACUUUCUUCCAAAUUGUUCAUCUCAAUCCUCGUAUGUUCAGGAACUUUCAUAGUUUCACUUACAAGCGCAAUCUUCGCACCGGGAAUCGAUAAAGCAAGCAAAUAUUUCGGUAUCAGUACCGUUGUCGCCACCUUAGGAACUACCUUAUACGUCUUGGGCUUUUCCUUCGGGCCCAUGAUAUGGGCCCCGGCGUCUGAGCUAAAAGGGAGGAAAUGGCCAUUGACAGCUGCGUUGAUUGGUGGUGGGAUCUUUACCAUUGCGUCUGCAGUCGCAAAAGAUCCUCAAACAUUGAUUAUUUGCCGUUUCUUCGCUGGAGUAUGUGGCGCCAGCCAGUUCAGUGUUGUGCCCGGAGUACUGGCGGAUUUGUACGACAAUUCGACACGCGGGAUAGCCAUCUCGGUUUACGCCUUGUCGGUAUUUGUCGGACCGUUCAUGGCCCCCUUUGUCGGUGGGUUUAUUGCGUCUAGCCACCUUGGGUGGCGGUGGACGCUUUACAUCCCUGCUAUUCUGAGCUUGGUGAACGGGGCUGUGAGUGCUAUCUUUCUGAAGGAGACAUUUCCUCCCUGCUUGCUCGUCGCAAAGGCCGUUCGCAUUCGCAAUGAGUCUGGAAACUGGGGCAUACAUGCCAGACAAGAGAAGGUCGAGGUUGAUUUCUCGAAUCUUGCAGAGAAGUAUUUCAUGCGACCUUUGAAACUACUGUUCAUGGAGCCGAUCAUCCUCGUUGUCUCUCUCUACAUGUCCUUCAUCUAUGGCCUGGUUUACGCCCUUCUUGAAGCAUAUCCAUACGUCUUCGAAACCGUGUAUGGGAUGAGCCCAGGUAUUGCCGGGCUAAUGUUCAUCGGUUUGAUCAUUGGUGUAGGAUUGGCUUGUACAUUCAUUGUGCUUUUGCAAAUCCCAUACGCAAAGAAGCUUGCGGAGAACAAAGGUGUACCAGUGCCUGAGUGGCGUCUUGGUCCUACCCUGCUUGGAGCACCUGUGUUUACAAUUGGUCUUUUCUGGUUUGGAUGGACGGGCUUCACCCCCAGUAUACAUUGGGCCGCGCCCGCUACAGCCGGCAUCUUUAUUGGGUUUGGAGUUGUGUGCAUUUUCCUUCCAUGUUUCAACUAUAUCGUUGAUUCUUACCUACCAAUCGCUGCUUCAGCUGUUGCUGCAAAUGUCAUGCUUCGAUCGGCGGUGGCUGCAGGGUUCCCUCUUUUCUCCAGGCAAAUGUUUCAGAAUCUGGGAAUUCAGUGGGCUGGAACGUUGUUAGGAUGCUUGGCUGCCAUCAUGAUUCCAAUCCCGUUUGUAUUCAGAGCCUAUGGGCCGAUGCUGCGAGGCAGAAGCAAAGUUUUCAAGUAA